AAUUGAGGUAAUAAAAUGAAUCACACCCGCCACGCUACACACCAUGCUCCUCCUCAUCCUCCUCCCAAACAGCAAAGGUCGUCCACACCUUCUUCCCACUCCGCCAUGGCCACCGACCUCAAGAACCGUACAGCGAUUUUGGUGGCCUUGACGCUGGUUCUUGGGAGUUGGUGCUACACGGAGUACAUUCGCCCGCCUCCGCCGACUCCAUGCGGGACGGAGGGCGGGCCGCCGGUGACGGCGAGCAGGAUUAAACUUAGGGAUGGUCGGUUCUUGGCUUACAAGGAGACGGGCGUACAAAGAGAUAGGGCGGAGUUCAAGAUCGUCUUCUGUCAUGGCUUCCUCAGCAGUAGGCUCUUCAACAUCGGCGCCUCUCCGGAAUUAAUGGAAGAGUUGGGAGUUUACAUAGUGAGUUAUGACCGAGCUGGACAUGGUGAGAGUGAUCCAAACCCAAAGAGAUCACUGAAGAGUGAGGCAUCAGACAUUGAAGAACUUGCUGAUGCUUUGAACCUGGGACCUCGGUUUUAUGUUGUUGGAUAUUCACUUGGAGGCCAUGCCAUUUGGGCAUCCAUUAAGUACAUUCCAGGAAGACUGGCUGGAGCUGCAUUUCUUGCUCCGGUGAUUAACUAUUGGUGGCCAGGGUUCCCAAAGAAUUUGUCAAGUGAGGCGUACAACAAACAGGUAUUAGGAGAUCAAUGGGCACUUGGAGUAGCACACUAUGCCCCUUGGUUGCUCCACUGGUGGAUGAAUCAAUCCUGGUUACCCACCUCAACAGUCAUCAAAGGCACCACCUUCCUUCCCAACCAAUUAGAUGCUCGCAUGCGUGACUUUGCCAGAACAUCCGGAAUAGCAGAAGAGAGAAUGAAAUUGGCGACACAACAAGGUGCACAAGAGUCAUUGUAUAGAGACAUGGCAGUGAUGUUUGGAAAGUGGGAGUUUGACCCAAUGGAUCUAUUGCAACCAUCUUUUCCGGUUCAUUUGUGGCAAGGUGAUGAAGAUGGACUUGUGCCGGUCACACUGCAGCGAUACAUCUGUAGCCGUCUUCCUUGGAUCGACUACCAUGAGCUCUCUGAGACCGGGCAUUACUAUUUUGGUAUGCCUGGCUUUGCCGAUAUUCUUCUAAAGACCCUGCUGGUGCAAACCUCUUCAUUUUAGGGAUCAUAGUGCCAGCCAGCGCUUAGAGAUCCGAGAUAUUUAUGCUCCAUUCUCGUUUCCAUGUCACUAGGCUGUUGUUUGAGAACAUAUCUGGAUUUGUUUUCCUACAGAGCGUGCACACUAGCUUUAUCA